UUUUCUUUUUCACAUCUAGGGUUCCCUUUCAUUCACUCAGGACCUUGGAAUUCCUGCCUUUUCUUUUCUUUAAGCUCAGAAAUUCUGAAUUCUGUCUCUUAAACUCUCACUUCUCCUGUCUGUUUUAUUUUCAUUCCCCAAGAAAGAAAGAAAUCAGAAAUCAGAAAUCAGAAAUGGGAAGGGGGAAAAUAGAGAUAAAGAGGAUAGAGAACACGACGAAUCGGCAGGUUACAUUUUGCAAGAGAAGGAAUGGGCUGUUGAAGAAAGCUUAUGAGUUGUCUGUUCUUUGUGAUGCUGAAAUUGCCCUCAUCGUCUUCUCUAGCCGCGGCCGUGUCUACGAGUUCUCUAAUAACAACAUAAGGUCAACAAUAGAAAAGUACAAGAAGGCAAAUUCAGAUGGCACAAACUCUGUCACGGAGAUUAAUGCUCAAUUUUACCAACAUGAAUCUGCAAAGUUAAGGAACCAAAUACAAAUGAUGCAAAACUCCAACAGAAAUCUAAUGGGUGAAUGCUUGAGUUCCUUGACUGUUAAAGAGUUGAAGCAAGUUGAGAAUAGGCUUGAAAGAAGCAUCUCAAGAAUCAGAUCAAAAAAGCACGAAUCGUUGCUUGCUGACAUGGAAUUCCUACAGAAAAAGGAGGCAGAGAUUGAGCAUGAAAACUCGAUUCUCAGAGCUAAGAUAGCUGAGGUUGAAAGGCUCCAACAGCUAAAUAUGAUGCCAAGCGAAACAUUGGAUUUUGUCCAUCCUUUUCUACCACGAGAUGAUCACAUUCUUGAAGAAAACAUGCUGCAGAAUUGCUCUCAAUUUCCUAAUAAUGACAGGAAGCUUUUUCACCUUAGGUGAAUCGAAAAACAAAUGUACCACCUGAUCUGCACAAUUUCAUCUGAAAAUUGGAACUUGAAGCUUCUGGUUUCAACUAAUAGAAUGCCUUAGUUGUAGCAACAGGCAUUACUUUCUACCACACCAGUCUACUAUAUAUUUUUAUCAUUAUAGGCAAAAUAAGAGUUUCAUAAACAUGACUAGCUUACUCCCUAACAUAUAUUAGCAAGACAAGAUUAAUAAUAAUUAGUAUCUGUUGAAUUUAAGGCCCUCAGAAAUGUUGCCUCUAUGCUUUUGUAUGCCCACUUGGAUGUACAAUGAAAAGCGAAGGCUAACGUACAUACAGACCAAUUUUUCAACUAUACAUGUAUGAUGUUAAUGUAUCACUCAUUUUCAAUGGGACAAUUGUGUAUGUAGUAUUACUCUCCAA